AAACCUCCCAGGGAAGGCUGAUGCGCCUGUUAUCCGUUGAGACAAACCCUUGUAUAGUUCGCUGCAUGGGUGCCUCGCCAUCUUGAAGCACUAUUCGGGAAUCCGGAGCGAAGAUUGCGACCACCAGUACUACGUAGUGUUGUAUCCUAGAGCCCGUGCGUAAACACAAUGCUUAUGUAAUCGCCAAGUACCUUUUGAUUGGCUCUAGACUUCAAGAUGUGCGACAUAAUAGUUACCCACAUUCCACAUUACAAUUCUAACAUGUUCAUGUUUGAGGCACCUUAUCCUCCUCACGAUCUACAAGACAAAGACAGUUUCGCCUACGAGACACUGCUCACAUACUGGCCGGCCAUCAUCACCAAUCUGGUCGACCAUAUCCGCGAAUUGAUCGAUUGUACUGUUACAGUGGGGUCUGAUGAAGCUCACACCAACGACGGAUGGAACGAUCAUGCUACUCAGCUGAAGAUCAAUGAAGGGAAAGAGAUCAUCUCGAAGGCUAUCCGACUCAAGUGUCGCAUGGAAAGCGAUCGGGAACUGGAAAAGAUCCCAGAGGAUGAGGAGUUUUACGUCGAUGAGUAUAACUUAGAGCUAGCAAAGCUCGCUCAGAUUGGGAAAAAUACGUGGUUCGUUGUCCCAUGGCUUUUUGCAGAGAGCUAUCUAUACCGCCUGAUUCGUUCUUUCUUUAAGCAGACCACUCACUGGACGGAAUUUGAUCCAUUCCGCAAAAAGAAGGAAGAAGCAUUCAGAAAUAGCGCAACCGCCGUGUAUCAUAUAGCAACAAUGAUGCACGAGUUAGAAAGCGAGAAAGACAGACUUAUAAAUGACCCUGAUAAGCUCUCGAUUCUCCUCAAGGAAAUGGUACAGAUGUGUCUUUGGGGAAAUGCCACGGACCUAUCUUUCUUAAUACACCUCGCGCCUUCCGAUAUCGAGCAAUUUCAGAAUGUUGGGAGGGAUGCUCAACAAGCCCGAAAGGAGUUCAUUCUCAAGGACGACCAAGAGAACCUGUGGGAACACAUUAGGAGCUUGGAGCAUCAAGUAGGACCUGUCACACGAUGUGAUUUUGUUCUCGAUAACGCUGGGUUCGAGCUUUUCACUGACCUCGUGUUUGCCGAUUUCCUCGUCACCCACACACCCUAUUUCUCCAAAGUCGUCUUCCAUCACGAUCUUAGCCCGAAGCUCUUUCCCUGUCGCUAUCAGUCGUCCACUUUCUUCAAUGCAACCACGACGACGACCGAAUCAGCUCAUCAUCUCAAGGAGGUGGUAGAACGGUGGAAGAAAUACUUGCAAGAGGGCGUGUUUUCCCUAAGCACGGAACUCGAGGGUGGGUAUAAGAAGACUCAGUUUUGGACGGGCCCCUGGCCAUAUUGGUAUAUGGAAGAUAAGGCAAACGAGUUGUGGCGUUCGUUAUCUGAAAGUAGUUUAGUGAUAAUUAAGGGAGAUCUUAAGUUAACAGGGGAUGUGAAGUGGCCAGUGUCGAUGCCCUUUGCCACGGCUCUUGGUAACGGCCUUCCGAAUGCAUACAAGGGGCCCUUGGCAGGGUCGUUCCCGCUACUGAGCCUUCGCACCAACAAAUCAGAUGUUGUAGUUGGCGUACCGCAAGAUGUUGCAGAUAAAUUGGACGAAAAAGACAAGCGCUGGAGAGUGAAUGGAAAGUAUGUUCUGUCUGUUUCGUCUCAUUAUAAGAUCCGGCAUGACAAUGACGUCGUGCCAGGUAUGGUCUUGUGAGCUUCGUACCGAAAGCGCAUAGGAAUUAGUGA